CAGGCGGCAUGAACGUUUUAAUACAUGCCCGUGGUUGUAAGUUAAAACUGAAACGUUCUGACGAUUUACCAGCAAAUGAGAGCUUCUUAGGAAUGUACAGUACCGUUUAACAAAAAAAAACAUUUUGGGGAUUUAUCAAGAGCCAUGAGGACUACAGUAGCUCUGAGAGCCAAGAAAAGGAGAGCAGAUGUGAUUUUCCUUGUGGUGGGGGUUAGUGCGGUUCUGUAUGGAAUAGCCCAUCUUCUCCACGAAGUUGCCUCCUCUAGCUUGCGUGCUGCUGUGAGAGCUCGUCGAGAUACAUCGGCGGAUAAUGUAACCAAAUGUGUACAGGCUCCUUCAUCCGAAUUUCCUGAAGGAUUUUUUACGCUGGAAGAAAGGAAGGCGGGAGGGAUCAUCAUUCAUUUUAUCAUUAUCCUCUACAUGUUGUUGGCUAUAGAUAUAGUGUGUGAAGAAUAUUUCCUACCUUCUCUGGAAGUCGUCAGUGAAUGUCUUGGUCUCUCUCAAAAUGUUGCUGGAGCAACAUUUAUGGCCGCGGGAAGUUCUGCGCCUGAACUGGUCACUGCUUUUCUAGGAGUGUUUGUGACAAAGGGAGAUAUUGGAGUCAGUACCAUAGUUGGGUCAGCGGUUUACAAUUUGCUUGGUAUCUGUGCUGCAUGUGGAUUGUUAACUACCAUGGUUUGUGACUUGACUUGCUGGCCAGUGUUCAGAGAUUGCGCAGCUUAUGCGAUCAGUGUUGCAGCACUAGUUCUUGUUAUCUUUGACAAUGCAAUCUACUGGUAUGAGGCUGCUUUGUUGCUUUUGAUCUAUACAUUGUACAUCGUGGUUCUGUGCUUUGACAUCUGUUUAAAGCGGUAUCUAAUGGAGAAGUUUAGCCCAUGCUGCACCUGUUUAACACAAGCAAUGGAAGAAGGCAAUGAACAGCGACCACUGAUAGAUUGGCAAGAAAAAACUGGGCCAUUGGUACAUCGCUGUUCUCGAUCUGAUAGCGGGAUUUUUCAAGAGGAUUCUGAUUAUUCCCAACUCUCUCUCAGUUUACACGGGCUGUCUGAGAAGAUUGAAGACAAAUGCCAUGUUUUUGAAGUGCCUGAAUCAGAUACAAAGCGAAUCACGUGGGUACUAUCGCUUCCCAUUGCUGCAUUGCUGUCCAUAACUACUCCAGACUGUCGUAGACGUCAAUGGAGAAAGUGGUUCAUGCUCACUUUCUUCCUGAGUGCUGUGUGGAUUUCUGGAUUUACAUAUGUAUUAGUUUGGAUGGUAUCCAUAGUAGGUGAAACCUUGGAAAUUCCUGAGACAGUGAUGGGCCUCACGCUGUUGGCAGCAGGCACCAGUAUUCCAGACACAGUGGCCAGUGUACUCGUUGCCAGAGAAGGCAAAGGAGACAUGGCAAUGUCGAACAUUGUAGGAUCCAAUGUAUUUGAUCUGCUCUGUUUAGGACUACCUUGGUUUGUUAAAACUACAUUUGUGGACCCAUCACCUGUACAAGUGAACAGCAGUGGCAUGACCUAUACAACAGCUUCUCUCCUCCUUUCCAUUAUCUUCAUGUUUGUGGCAAUUAAAGUCAAUGGAUGGAAAUUAGACAAGAAACUUGGAGCAACAUGUCUGCUUGCCUAUGUGGUUUUCCUCACUAUCUCCAUUCUGAAUGAGCUGGGAAUACUAGGCAAUGUUCCUGUAAGAACAUGUGACUAAUAUUAAAAUGUAAUUGACACUGGGCUAUAACGAAAGCUGAAGUUUUUAAACUUUUUAUCCUUUGAAAUAUUUAUCUUGGAGGUUGAGAAUAGUAAGUUAUAUCAGAUCCCAUCAUUUUCCAUCUCCAUUUCCACUCAGACCACUUAACACACUGUUUAUCUUCCAAAUCUGUGCCCAGUUUUCUCUCAUCUCUUAUUUGAGGUUCAAAUAUCCAUCCUUCCACAGCUUUAUUAGAUCUCAAAUAAAAUGCUUGUGUUUUUCUACUGGUCUGAAACCAUCGUUUAAUCACACCAGCCACUUAAACACAUCUCCUACACUGUCCAGCUGAGUAUAGCUACAUGGCUAUAUAUGUCUACUUAUGACUAAUCAGUGCACUAUGGUCUUUCCCAUCACGCACCAUUCCUAACCUCACGUUUCUACUGUGUUAGAGACAAUUGGUACUAUGGUUAUACUGACAACUGUAAUCAUCAACUAUCCAGUAUACUAUCAGACUGGUAAAAACUGGAAAAAAA